AUGACAAACCAGGAAAAAAUCGAGGCUCUUAUAGACGAGGCCCUCAGCAAGCAGAAACAGGGUGACCGAAGCUCGUUGUGGGACUGUCUUGUGCUUGUAGGACUCACGUCUAUCAACGAAGGGCAGUACGCGGCAUACCUUUAUAAAACAGCCCUAAAGACUACGCCAGCUGAAUCUCGACCAUUAUUGUGGCGGCGCUAUGUGGAUGCGCUCUCAGAAAUGCUCAUAGUUGUUGGACUGCCAAAGACUUUGAACGCGCUCUACUCAAUGAUGCCUUUGGUCGAAAAGAGUGAUCUCAUUCAUCUAAAAAGGUCAGAAUGGGAUGCCGAUACCUCGGCGAGAGGCUGGCAGUACGCAACACGAACACACCAUGACUGGGCCGAACGCUAUGCGGAGGUUGCUCUAUAUGCACCUGAUGUGGCUCGAAAGGGUUUCCUCUUGCAACUCUACGUGCAGAUUGAUCCUGUCUGGAACUAA